AUGAAUACUGAUGAGUUGACAGAACUUUGGUUUGGACAUUGUGCUUUUCACGCUGGCGAAUAUCGGAAAGCAAUAUCGAUAUACGAAAGAAUGCUAAUUAGGAAGAAUUGUCCACCGGAAGUAAAUGUUUAUAUUGCUUGUUGCUUCUUUUUUCUUGGCUUAUGUGCAGAAGCUAAACAAUAUGCAGAAAAAGGUCCAAAGAGUGCACUUCAAAAUCGUUUGUUAUUGCAUCUAGCAUAUCGCCUAAAGGAUGAAAAGCAAUUGCUAGUAAAUCGUAAUAAUCUACAAAGUACUGCUGAAGAUCAGUUAUCACUUGCUGCAAUGCAUUAUUUAAAUUCACAUUAUCAGGAAGCUAUUGAUAUCUACAAAAAAAUUCUAGCUAAUAAAAAAAAUUUUAUUGCAUUGAAUGUCUAUCUUGCUUUAUGCUAUUAUAAGCUUGAUUAUUACGAUGUUUCACUCGAAAUGCUACAACUUUACUUGAACGAAAAUCCGGAUAGUGCGAUUGCUAUAAAUUUGCGAGCCUGCAAUCAUUACAAAUUAUAUAAUGGCAAAACUGCAACAAAAGAACUUCAGAAGUUAAAAAAUGUGAAAGUUUCGACUUUUACAUAUGUGAAGGAUCUCAUUUCCCACAAUACGGUCGUCUUUUAUGACGGAAAUGCAGCACUUCAAGUCUUUCCACCAUUAAUGGAUACUUUGCCUGAAGCAAGAUUGAAUUUGAUAAUUUUCUAUUUAAAAAGAGAUACAAUUACUGGCCGACAAGCUAUGGCGUCCUCUUACUUUUUAAACAAUCAAUUUGACGAAGUGCUCGUUUAUUUGGACUCAAUCAAGACUUAUUUUCACGAUGACGAUACAUUUAAUUUCAACAUUGGCCAAGCUUUAUUAGCCUGUGGUAAUAGCUUAAAAGCUGAAACUAGCUUAUUGUUGGUUGUAGACGAAGAAUUGAGACUAAAGCCAGCAUAUUUUCUUAGCCUUGCUCGUGCUUAUAUUCAAAAUGGUAAGAGUGACUUAGCUUGGGAAAUGUAUGGAAAAGUGAAGAAUUGUGAUGAUAGCUUUCAACUAUUAUCUAUAAUUGCGAAUGAUUGUUAUAGAGUAUAUCUUUUUGAUUGUUUUUUUUUUCAAAAAAAGAGAAAAAAAGAUUUAAACAAGAUAUAUUCGCAUAUAACAAUUGGUGAUUACUUGUACUCAGCAAAAUCUUUUGAUUCCAUGGAGAUAACUGAACCAAAUCCUGAAUAUUGGGAAGGUAAACGUGGAGCUAUUAUUGGAGUGUUCAAAUUGGUGGUAGAACAAAAAGCGCCACUUGAUCAUCUUCGUGAAGCGAUGAUUUUGUUAGAAAGGAGUACACAUCCACAGGUUGAAUAUAUUGCUAAUAUCAUCCGAAAAUACAUCCGAAGAAGUAAUUUGAAUUGUGAUUUCUAA